UCCGCGCGCCGGCUUGCUUCAGACACCUCAGGCCCUACCUCUGUUCAUGAUGUCGCUGCCUCAGGGAAUGUUCAGCCGCCGCAGUGAGCACCAUGGCCGCGCCAUUGUGCCAGCCAGUGCCAAUGUCAGUGAUGACGACAGCCUGGACGAUGACGACGACGUAGCCGACCCUGACUUUCUGCCACAACGCCACCACGACCCCGAGACUCCAGGCCCCAGUGAUGCGCCUCCUACCACCAAGGGGAAGCGUGCCAGGCCCUCACUCCAAAUGAUGGAGGCACAGUCGUCCGAGGACGAGGAUGUCGAAGAGGACAAGGACGAGGAAGAAGAGGGGGGAAUCAGCAGGCCUCCAGCAUCCAAGAAGGCAAAAAGGCCAACGACUAAGAAGGUGCCUGCAAGGCCUACAACUUGGCAGAAAGUGGACGUCUCUUAUCCAGCUCUGCCAGCUUUUGAGCACCCGGCGCCUCUCUAUGUGAGGAGUCCACAACAGUACUUUUUCACCUUCUUCAGUGAGCAGAUGGUCCGGCACAUCGCAUACCAGACCAACCUUUAUGCCACCCAAAAGGACGUGAACACCACCUUCUCUACCACCGAUGACGAAAUCGUGAAUUUCGUCGCUGUGCUGCUGUACAUGGGUGUCAUGGAAGCUCCAUCACUGGAAGACUACUGGUCUAUGAAACUCAGGGUUCCCCAAGUGGCUGAAGUGAUGUCCUCGAAGAGGUUUCGCCUGCUGCGGAGGACACUGCAUUUCAACGACAACUCACGAGCAGGUGGCAGCGUUGAUCGCUUUUUUCAAGAUACGACCAGCGUGCCCCAAACCAGCAAGCAGUCCAUCGACGAGGUGAUGGUGGGCUACAAGGGCAAGACCGCGGGCAAUCUGAGGCAAUACAUCAGGAACAAGCCAGACAAGUGGGGAUUCAAGCUGUUCUCCAGAGCCUCCGAGGAUGGGUUCGUCCAUGACAUGGUGCUGUAUCAAGGCAAGACGACUCUGCAGAGCCAUGGUGUCACCAUGACCUCAGCAGAAGAAGCCAUGGGAGUCACCAGCCAGAUAGUCGCUGCCCUGGUCAGCACCAUGAACUUGUCAUCAACCACUGUCGUCUUCGCGGACAACUACUUCACGAGCUUGGAGCUCGUGAGGUACCUGCAGGGGAAGGGCUGCAGGUACACAGGAACUGCGCGAGACAACAGGAUCGGCAAGCCUCCCCUGAAGUCAGUGAAGGACAUGGAGAAGAAGAGCGUCCCCCGUGGCAGCAUUGACUACGUCACAAGUGAUGACGGUAUUCUGGCAGUCCGGUGGAAGGACAACAAGGUCGUGACAAUGCUGUCCACUGACCUGGGGGUGGAGCCAGUGACUACCUGCCAGAGGUACAGCAAUGAAACAAAGGAGAAGGAUGAUGUUCCCUGCCCAGAAGUGAUAAAGAGCUACAACGCCAACAUGGGGGGAAUCGACAAGAGUGACAUGCUGAUCCACCUUCCCCAGCAGCAGCGCUGA